GCGGAGCCAUCGGGCUCGUUUGCAGCAGCUCUACUACAACUGAUUUGAGUUCACGCCUCACGGUUCAGAGGAUGGCUCAGCACCUGGCGCGGGACUGAGAGAAGAUUCAUUUUAGUAUUCAUUCGCGUACGAUUUACGAACUUGACUGGCGCGGGACUGAGAGAAGAUUCCAGUUUCCACUAACUACUAAAUUUUUCUUAUCACCGCCUCUUCUCACGCGGUGCCACCCUCCCCAAUCAUUCCUCGCCCCAAACCCAGUUGUUAUCUCAUCUCUCAAUCAACAAAAAAAUGCGCAAUUAUUUCAAUGCCUUUUAGCCCAUUUCCUCCUCCACCUCUGGAGAGAGAAAGAGAGGGAGAGAGAGACCGCGUAGGGUUUGAGUUCAGAUGGACUCCAAGUCGCUUCGAUUCAUCACCUGCCAAGCCUUCUUCGCUGCCGUCCGAUCCGGCGACCUCGAAGGCGUAAAGCUUCAGCUGGACAAACUGACCGGAGAAGAGGCGCCAGAUGAGGCCUCGAGAUCCGCUCUUAUGGCGUUGCAGAAUGAUACCGGCGAAACAGCGAUCUACAUCGCGGCGGAGAACAAUCUGCAGGCAAUAUUCAGCUACUUGCUAAACUUUUGCGAUCUCCAAACUGUAAUGAUCAGAACGAAGGCAGAUAUGUCUGCAUUUCAUGUCGCGGCUAAGCGCGGUCACUUGGGGAUUGUAAAGGAACUUUUAGGCAUUUGGCCUGAGCUUUGCGGAUCAUGUGACUCCUCGCAGACUAGCCCCCUUUAUUCAGCUGCUGUUAAGGACCAUUUGGAUGUAGUGAAUAUCAUAUUAGAUGUUGAUGCCAGCUCAGCAAGGAUUGUGCGCAAAAAUGGAAAAACUUCAUUGCAUACAGCUGCUAGGUAUGGCUUUCUUCGUAUAGUAAAAGUACUUAUAGAAAAAGAUCCAGAUAUUGUGUGCAUCAAAGAUAAGAAGGGUCAAACUGCCCUCCACAUGGCUGUAAAAGGUAAGUGUCCUUCUGUGGUUGAGGAGAUUUUACUUACUGCUCCCUCAAUCUUGAAUGAGCGUGACAAGAAGGGUAAUACAGCUGUGCAUAUAGCCACACGAAAAUGCCGUCCAGAGAUAGUGAGCCUUUUGUUAACCCAUACAUCUGUGGAGGUCAAUGCUAUCAAUAAUCAGCAAGAAACCGCAAUGGAUUUGGCUGAUAAACUACAAUAUGGAGAACCUGCACUAGAAAUUAAGGAAGCUCUAGCAGAGGUUGGUGCCAAGCAUGCGAGACAUGUUGGCCAAGUGGAUGAAACUAUAGAACUCAAAAGGACUGUGAGUGACAUAAAACAUGAGGUGUAUUCACAAUUCAUACAAAAUGAAACAACCAACAAGCGAGUGUCUGGUAUUGCUAAAGAACUGAGGAAACUUCACCGAGAAGCUGUUCAAAACACUACUAAUUCUGUUACUGUUGUUGCCGUUCUUUUUGCCUCCAUUGCUUUCCUGGCCAUAUUCAACUUGCCUGGCCAAUAUGUGAUGACUGGACCAAAUGCGGGGAAAGCUACUAUAGCAGAUACUGUUGGUUUCCGUGUGUUCUGCCUCUUGAAUGCUACAUCACUCUUCAUUUCUCUAGCUGUUGUUGUGGUUCAGAUUACUUUGGUUGCUUGGGACACCAGUGCUCAGAAGCUGGUUGUUUCAGUAAUUAACAAGCUAAUGUGGGCAGCCUGCAUUAGCACUUGCGGGGCUUUCCUUUCAAUAGCAUUUGUGGUUGUGGGGAAGGGAAAGUCAUGGAUGGCCCUUACCAUAACCCUAAUGGGUGCGCCUAUUCUUGUUGGGACGCUUGCUAGCAUGUGCUACUUUGUUUUUCGACAACAUUUUGGGAUCUUUGGAAACGAUUCUCAAAGACGUGUUAAAAGGGCAAGCAAAAGCAAAUCUUUCUCAUGGUCUCUGUACUCAGCUAAUAUAUCAGAUCUUGAUGAUUAUGAUUCUGACAUUGAGAAGAUCUAUGCAUUGUAGAGUCCGGUUGUAUCAAAAAGCUCUAGUUGCGGACUUGCAGUAGUUGGCCAGCUUGGUCUAAGUGAAAUUUGAUUCAAGUACUGCAUUUGCAAUGUAAAAAAGGUAGUAGAUAAUGUACAUGUAUGUGCCAAAUAUGACCAAUGGCUUGUUGAUUGCAAUAUCAGGUGGAAUUUCCCCAAGUUUGAUUGAGCAA